AUGGCACAUACACCGCACACAGAAUUUUCAUAUUCAAAUACUCAGAUCAAUAAUGCCUCACGCUACGAAUGUUUGGAAAAUCAUCUGCCAACUUGUGAAAGCCUUGAAUCAUUAAACAAUAUAAAGACUUUAUUAGGAGCACUAUUGGGCGUCAGUAGGAUGACUCCUGGCAGUAGUACUCUCAUCCUCUCCCUGAUCUCUGAUCUCCCUUAUCUUUGUUCCUCUAGGUUCGCAUGGGCGAGGGGAUUUUCUACCUUUGCUUUCUCAUUGACAGAUGUAAUAAAAAAUAUCACAUGUGAUGUCGUUAUUCACUAUUAUUGUGGGCAGAUCAAAUCAGUGGUUUUCUUUUAUCCUCACUUGAGACCACAGUCACCAGACAAUGAAUCCCUCUCGUAUCAUAGAAUGGAAUCCAUAAAGUUUCAGCAGGAGGGCUGUGGUGAAAUACAUACCUUCACUAUGCAGCUGAGAACCACAUGAAGCUGAUAUCUUGUAGCUGAAAGUUGGUAUUUAUUACAUUAGUUGUUCAAUAUACCUUUAAUUUUCAGUUAUAGAAUGUGCUCUAUAAAUAUCAAGUGAACUAAUAUGUCCUGCAAAGGGACAUUCACAUUCUAGGCUGAAUUAUGCAGCAAAUCCCAAGGCUUAGCAGAACCAGCAGUCUAUACUUAAACCAGAAAGUGAGAACCAGCAGUGUAUACCUAAACCAGAAAGUGAGCACCAGCAGUGUAUACUUAAACCAGAAAGUGAGCACCAGCAGUGUAUACCUAAACCAGAAAGUGAGAACCAGCAGUGUAUACCUAAACCAUAAAGUGAGAACCAGCAGUGUAUACCUAAACCAUAAAGUGAGCACCAGCAGUGUAUACCUAAACCAGAAAGUGAGCACCAGCAGUGUAUACCUAAACCAGAAAGUGAGCACCAGCAGUAUAUACCUAAACCAGAAAGUGAGCACCAGCAGUAUAUACCUAAACCAGAAAGUGAGAACCAGCAGUGUAUACCUAAACCAGAAAGUGAGAACGAGCAGUGUAUACCUAAACCAGAAAGUGAGAACCAGCAGUGUAUACCUAAACCAGAAAGUGAGCACCAGCAGUGUAUACCUAAACCAGAAAGUGAGCACCAGCAGUGUAUACCUAAACCAGAAAGUGAGAACCAGCAGUGUAUACCUAAACCAGAAAGUGAGCACCAGCAGUGUAUACCUAAACCAGAAAGUGAGAACCAGCAGUGUAUACCUAAACCAGAAAGUGAGCACCAGCAGUGUAUACUUGUUAAGACACUCCUGGCACAGAGAAGUGAAACCGCCGUUUAGUUAAGCUUCCCCCUCCUCAGUAAUGCAGGCUCAAUUUGUAUAUACCUCAACCGCACGAACUGCAGCCAGGGGAAUGUGCCAAUCUCCCAAACUCCCGAACAAUAAAUCCACGAAUCGCGGCUAACAGCCGAACAAAUAUAUCCUCCAAGCGGCUUACGUUUCCAGCAAUCAGUCGCUAACCGUGUGUAGUAAAUCCCCCCAAUAACGAGACCAAGCUCCGCAUUGAGGGUAAAACAUGAACUGGCUUUACUGUGGGCUUCCCGCCUGUAUUUAUGCAGGUCUCCCACUUGGUGGACACUCCCCUAGGGGACCAAAUGGGAGACUGUAACCACGGACAGACAUGUAUCAGUUUAAGACAUAGUCACAGAAUAUUCCCACAAUGCAUUCUGGCAUCCUGCGCUCUGCCCUGGAGAUAAUUGAGAAGUAAUUCAAUUAUCUCCCAGGACAGAGGCAAAUCGCCAUUUUAAAUGACAUAUUAAAAACACAUCAAAAUAAGUAACUGUACAAAUACCGAACAUAUUACAUUUGUGCAACGUAUCCCCAGAUAGCCUGGAUCUGAGUGCAUAUUCCUACCGAAUAGCGCUCAGAUCCUAUACGCACAGUUCAAUCGCCAUGGAGUCAAAGUCUUUUACAGGUCUUUCGGUAUGCGAUUAACUCCAUGGGAUGGCUAUCUGGGUUAAGUCCAUUCGUAUGAUCCAAACUCCCGAACGGACCGGUGUUCGCAUGCCUUGACGAAUGAGAAGGGCGGUCGGUAGUCUCAGCGGUGUUCGGUGAAAGUGAGCACUAGCAGUGUAUACCUAAACCAGAAAGUGAGAACCAGCAGUGUAUACUUAAACCAGAAAGUGAGAACCAGCAGUGUAUACUUAAACCUGAAAGUGAGCACUAGCAGUGUAUACCUAAACAAGAAAGUGUGCACCAUCAGUGUAUACUUAAACCAGAAAGUGAGCACCAGCAGUGUAUACCUAAACCAGAAAGUGUGCACCAUCAGUGUAUACUUAAACCAGAAAGUGAAAACCAGCAGUGUAUACUUAAACCAGAAAGAGAGAACCAACAGUGUAUACUUAAACCUGAAAGUGUGCACCAUCAGUGUAUACCUAAACCAGAAAGUGAGAACCAGCAGUGUAUACUUAAACCAGAAAGUGAGAACCAACAGUGUAUACCUAAACCAGAAAGUGUGCACCAUCAGUGUAUACUUAAACCAGAAAGUGAGAACCAGCAGAGUAUACUUAAACCAGAAAGUGAGAACCAACAGUGUAUAUGUAAACCAGAAAGUGAGCACCAGCAGUGUAUACUUAAACCUGAAAGUGAGAACCAGCAGUCUAUACCUAAACCAGAAAGUGAGAACCAGCAGUGUAUACCUAAAUCAGAAAGUGAGCACCAGCAGUGUAUACCUAAAUCAGAAAGUGAGAACCAGCAGUGUAUACCUAAACCAGAAAGUAAGCACCAGCAGUGUAUACCUAAACCAGAAAGUGACUAA